AUGAAAGUCACGGCUGUUGCAACCGUUUUCGCUCUUCUCUUUGCGACGGCCCCAGGCCUGGGCAUUCCUCGCUCCGAUUUGAUCGUAUCGGACGCCACCACUCAACCGCAUGCCCUCCUGAUAUCUGAUUUGGAGAAGCGUCGUGGCGGUGGAGGACGAGGCGGCGGAGGCGGCGGCGGAGGAAGAAGUGGUGGAGGUAGCGGGGGACGAAGUGGAGGCAGCUCUGGCAGCUCUGGCGGCAGCAGAGGAGGCUCGUCUCGAACUGGCUCGUCAAGUAACUCUGGAGGAGCCACUCGGGGCGGAUCUGGACCGCGACCCGCAUACGGCGGAGGCUCCUACUACGCCGGCGGUGCUCGCACUCCUUAUGCUGCCGGCGGAAGGUCACCGUUGGGGUUGACACCUUUCCUCCUGCCAGUAGCCGCGCUGGCUUUCUUUCCGGGGCUUUGGCUGUACGGCGCAUACGCCUACCCUUACCACCAUCACUACAACUACACGGACCAGAAAACUGAUCGCGAUGAGUCCUUGCCCGUGGUCUGCCUGUGUGAGAAACAUUCCGAAUGUGGAUGCGACGACAACUCCAACAACACUUACUACGAGGACCUCUUCAACGGAACCCAGCCGGUCAAUUCUAGUGCGGUCAGGGUUGCCGAGGUGAACGGCACCAAGACAAUCUAUAUCAACGGGACCCUACCUAACGGCACCACGGUGGACGAUCCGUCCGCGGACGAGGCCGCCUCAGCAGCUACGAAAAUGCUUGAAUCCAGCGGAUACUGGAUGGUGGCCGCCAUGGUGGCUGGCACCGUCUGGGGCCUUUAA